GUAAGGUUCACUUAGCCUACAUGGCCACUUUUGUCCUUAGCAAUUGCUUGUUUCUUAUGUAAACAAACGGGAAGGCAAUUUCCAAAGAGCCCCCUUGAGUGACGUCACACCGGGAUACCCCUCCUAUCACGUGACUACAUCUAAAUAUAGCCAUGAUGAUCCGCAUGGCACUAAAGAUCGUGUUGAGAAUCUUUGAUGGCACGACGCUUUGGUGCGUUGUUUUUCCAGGAAUACUAGUAAUGUGAUAUGAUGCCGCUGCUAUCUCUUCUGCACAUUGUUUAUCGCGCCAGGGGAGGGGGUUAUCUUCCGAUGUUUUUACGUCAAUUUUUGCGCACUUUGUUGUCUUUGCAUAUACCGUGUUUCAAUUUCAAACAUCACUACCGGAAUUCCGAAAUGUUAUUAUCAUACCGUAAACCUUGUAACCAAUCAGUAGAGCAUGGCUGAUGGGCUGCAGUUAGCCGCAAGUGUGAAAUUUUACCAUGCAAAAUUCAUUGAUACGGAUAAUACGUCAAGCCACUGACCCAACAUGUCGUUCUAUGCAGUAUCUCCAAAGAUUCUCUACUACACCUUUGGUAUCUACAUGGCCUUCUAAAAAUAGUGUAUGGAUAUGCUAGGAUGUGAUGACAUCACAUUACUAAAAUUAGCCACAAAUCAGGCAGGUGUUUCAUUUUACGUUUAGCCACGUUUGUUUGGGUUUUUUUUGUGUUCGUAAAAUUUGAAUUUUUUUAUAUAGAUCUAGAUCUAGAUCCCUAGCUCAUAUCGAAAAAAAAAAACUAGAUCUACCUCAAAAUUGGUACGUGCGCCCGUGCUUACAGUGUACAAAUUUGAGGAGAAAGUAAAUUUAUGAAACGAGAAUUGCUGAGAUUGUUUAUAAAAGAUAACACAAAUUAAUACAAACAUACACGGCAAGAUGUAGUCAACAGCUACUGGCGAGGGGAACCCAAGAGUCUUUGGGGAAACCCUGGAAGACGACAAAAAUAGAGGGCGGAAAUACGUCAUCUUUCUUUGGACCAAUCACAGAGGUGUGCUAGAAUCUAAGUGUUCGCUGUAGCUUCAUAUACAAAACAGAGUAGAAUAGAGGGUUAGGACCCAAUUCCACUGGCAUUUUUCCUCAGUUGCAGGCCAGGCUCAUAUGAAAAUGAGCACGUUUUCGUCAGUCACUGACUUCCUUUGCCUGACUACGCGAUUUUCCUGCAUGCCCGUUUUUUCGUCAGCCGUACAGGUGACUAGGAAAACCUCAAUUCAACUCAUUUUGGAAGGAAAUUUGCAUCUAUAGAUCACCAUGCCAAAAAAGAUUGCAGUUGACACAGCAGAGGCGUUGAUAACAGCUAUUCAGAAGAGAGAAUGCCUGUAUAAUGCAAGGGAUGCAUGCUAUAGGAACAGAAAUGUGUCGGAGCUGGCGUGGAAAGCAGUGUCAGAUGAAGUUCUACGUGACGUUCCUUUCUGCAAAGCGACAUGGGCAUCACUGCGUUGCACCUUUAACAGGAACUUGGCCAGUAUGCGGAAUCUGCCAAGUGGCUCUUCUGCAGACAAGCAGCCCAAGUGGCAUUUUUUUCAGCACAUGCUGUUUCUGAAAGACCAUGUUUCCAAUGGUCAAAUGACUGGAAAUUUGGGGCCUCAUGAUGACAGUCAAGGAAAUGCGGACGACAGCACUGACAGCAGUGAAGACCAGGAUGAUGUAGGCAUACCGAAAAUAGAGUUGGAUGACAGCCAGUUCACACUGGAAACUGUGGACACCCAACUUUUGACACCUUCACAUACACCAAACUUUCUCAAUUCGGAAGAAGCAGGGACUUCUGGUGGUCUUUCCACACUGGUGCCAACUGCAAGCAGAACAUCCACCCCAAGACCCAGUCCUGCUGGGAAAAGACAAAGAACUGAUGAGGACCCAGUGCAACAAGCCAUCCUGGAGUACAUUGGGUCCAAACGACAGAGACUAGCGCACGAGGUGGAGGACGAAGAUCUGACCUUCCUGCGGGGCCUUCUGCCUUAUUUUAAAAACUUACCCACUAUGAAGAAGCUGCAGUUCAUGCACCAAACCAUUGGGUUUUUAAUGGAGUUGAAUGCUGAGAGUCAAUAAAUUUUGUGGUCAAUCUUG